ACGAAUUUCAGUCGAGUUUAAGCAGCCGAGUGCGACGGAUGAUAAAACGGAGAAACGGAAACGGGAAAAAACGGUACAUAAUUGAAUAUUACUAUGCUAAUUUGGCAUUUAGUGUGGCAAAAAGCGUUCAAGUAAAGGUACAUAUGUACUCCUAUUUACCACACAAGUGUUUGAGUGCAGUGUCAUUCAUACAAUAGGAGAGCAUUCAUAUUGUGAUUGUGUGCAAGUGUGUAAAACGGAAAUGCUGAGGGCGCCAUUUUGAUUUCUCUUGGUGCAUCAGUUGAUUUUGAAAAGUGAAAAUCUAAAAGUGCCUGCCAUCGUGAGUGAAAUCUAAAACUUCACCAGCAUAAUUAUUCGAUUUCUGUAAACAAUGGAUUACAGCAAUGCAUUUCUACGAGAGUCAACAAUCAAUAAAUAACGGCAAUUAAGCAAAUAGUGACGCAAGCAAUACUUCAAUUUGCUGCAAUCAAAGAGAGAAGCACCUCGUUCGUACCAGCACGCGAGUAAUAUGGCUGAUUGUGUACUAGAAUAAUUGCAAAUAGUAUCCAGUGUAAAUUAAAUGUUCUAAAAAAAUAAAUGUGUUAAUUUUAAGGGAAUUUCUCUAAAGUAACGUAAAUGCGAGUUUAAGCGAACAGUGAAGAGUACAAAAUUUGUAAAUUCGGUUUCGUAAAGGUAGAGCUUUGCGUACAUUCGGAUAGGUGUUGUUGAUUUUGAACAUGCCGCGAAAGCCGGUACACACAAUUGCAUUCCGUGGCGGAAACGGAUAUGGCCGAGGGAGCCUGUUGAACUGCUCGCACUACACCUUCCUGUUGGCGACCGCAAUUUUGGUCUUAAUCAGCGCCCACGCCAAGAGUGCACUACUCUAUGACAAUAACGAUAACAAUAGCAACGAUAAUAAUAAUAACAACAGCAACAACAACACUAACAAUAAUUUCAACGGCAAUGUUUCAACAAAGGACGCCACCGAGCUACCGCCACAGAAGGCUACCCAAACAAUGUCACAGUCUCCAGCAUUUUCGCCAUUGUCCGGGAAUGUGGACGGCGAAGAGAGACCGUUGCAGCUGCGGGAAAAUGUUUUAAUUCCUGUGGACACUGUGGUUGAAGUACAAUUUAUGGAGCAGCAUCCGCAGGAUGAUAAUACACAGAAUGAUAAACAACGAGAGGAGCAACACAAGCAUUCCAUUCAGGAGGAGCGAAUUGGGGCGAAACAACUGUCACAGUUGAAAUCACCGCACCACCAUCAACCCCGUAAUCAUCGUGAACAUCAUAACGAACACCACCACCACCACUCUAAGCAGCAACAAAUUGGAAUGCUCGAAUCACAAUCGCCAAUGCAGAAAGAGCUGGAGCCGUUUGUCUUGCCCGAGGAUAUUAAGCACGAACCGGAUGCAGCUGGUUCGCAGCAGCGGAAGCUCCACACACACCAUUCCAUACACAACAUGCUGACCAAUCGUCAUUAUCAAAGCAAAUACACCAUUGAGGAGCUAAUGAGCAUGAAAAUACAAAAUCGACUCUCCGAUGAUAUCGACAUGGAUCCGUGCAAAGCCGGUGGUUUUAUGGGUGAUAUUGCCUUGCCUGACGUCACCUAUGACGGCGAACCCAUUGUUGCACAUACUUUUGUUAUUCCAGUGGAAGAGAGACAAGAAAAUGGCGUCGAUAAUAAAAGUUCAGCCAAACAGGAUGAAGUGGAUGAGAAUGACGCCUGGCAAUGGCAAUCGGAUUCGGCAGACACACCAACAACCUCCAUUAAAUUCAAUGCAUCUUUUCAACAAGAAUUGGAAAUUCUCAAGCAGGAAGUGUACCACGAAGGCUUGCAAGUGGAAGAGGAGGGCUUAACUCAUAUCAUUCGGAAAAAAACCAAAUUGCCGAGCACUCGUUUUGACUUCAAGGACAAGAAAAAUGAGCGUAUUAGCAAUGAUCCGUCUUUGUCGGCCAAUGAACCUGUUAAACCCAAAAGCUUUUCUUCAAAUACAAAUAAUUUGAUGAAGAACUUGAAAAAUGAAGUUAUCACUAACAGCAAGGAUAAUGACGAUGGUAAUGGCAACCAUUAUAAACCUAAUCCCAUUUACCAACCAGUAGAUGGAUCCUUCUUUGAUGCAAAACCAGCAAGUAGUGAGAAACCCAAAGAUAACGGCACGAACACAACACAUUUAUCAGGUCUAAGCCAGCAACAAAAGUUGCGUCAGCGGGCUCUGAGCAGUGGCAGUGGAGGAACUGGUGGAUUAUAUACGCGACCCGGAAAAGCAACGACUUUUGAUGCAAAUGGUAAAGUAGAAUCGAUUGCGCUGCAUCGCAGUGGCGAAUAUUUCGGACCAUCAGUAAGUAAUGAAAGACCGAUCGACGUAGAAAAACUACGCAAGAGUUCAUUUAUCAUUAGCAAUCGCAAUGUUGAUCAACGUAAAAUACAGUCGAACACAAAAGACAUUGAAGUGGAUGCGGGCAAUAAUUUUGUUGCUGAACGCCGCAUGGUGAUACUGCCGACGUCGCUACCGACGCAGCGUUCGACAUUGCCAAAUGUGUACAGUAAUGCUGGCGGUAAUGGCAUGAAAUUGGACGACGUUGAUUUUUUGCAUUCCGAAGGCCCUGUGCGAAGACGACAUAGACGUGGACGCAAGCAUCGACGAAGUUCAGACUUUCGACACACUGACUUCAAUAUAAAGCUGCAACGCCUGAAGGAGGAACUCAACCGUCCAGUUCAUACUGUGCACGCUUAUCAAACACAAAUGCACCAUCAUCGUGCAACAUACUCAACUACCAAACACCACUCACAAACUAAGAAAGGAUUUGGUAAAGUUGAAUUUGAGAAUACAGAAGCUGCCAAUGUGCGGCUACUGGAACUGGAGUACGAAGAGCAGAAGCAACAGCUGGUACCAGAAUGGCCAAAACAGCAUAACACAAGCAAAAAUGUUAAUUAUUCUACGCAUCUAAGCGAUGAGAUGGGAGAAGGAGCAAGAAAUAUCGUCGAAUCAAGUGCAAAUUUGGCUGGAGAGAGUGGCAGCAAAGUGGAGGCACCAUUGGAAAUGGAACUUCGAAAUGCUGAAACUGUUAUUCGCAGAAAUUCAAGGCUAUUGAAAACGCGCAAUCGCAUGGUGCGUGCAGUGACUGCCAAAAAGGAACGCAUCUGGGAUUACGGUGUCAUUCCGUAUGAGAUCGACGGUAACUUUAGUGGGCUGCACAAGGCUCUCUUCAAACAGGCAAUGCGACAUUGGGAAAACUCCACUUGUAUCAAAUUCAUCGAACGCGAUCCGGAAAUACAUCCCAAUUAUAUUGUGUUUACAGUGCGCAGUUGUGGUUGCUGUUCAUUUGUUGGCAAACGAGGCAAUGGAGCGCAAGCUAUAUCAAUCGGUCGCAAUUGCGACAAAUUCGGUAUUGUAGUGCAUGAACUGGGCCAUGUCGUUGGCUUUUGGCAUGAACACACACGGCCCGACCGCGAAAAGCACGUCGUCAUAGAGCACAACAACAUCAUGAAGGGACAAGACUAUAACUUUAACAAACUAACACCAGAGGAGGUCGACUCGCUGGGCCUGCCGUACGACUAUGACUCAAUCAUGCACUAUGCACGAAACACAUUCUCCAAAGGUACUUACUUGGAUACAAUACUGCCAAUUGAAGUGAAGGGUAAGAAGCGGCCCGAAAUCGGCCAACGCUUGCGUUUGAGUGCCGGUGACAUUGCGCAAGCAAAUUUACUCUACAAGUGUCCCAAGUGCGGUCGUACGUUUCAAGAAAAUACAGGUAUAUUCGCCAGUCCAUCAUAUUACACAGCUGGCGCAUUGACGAACGAGACCGAGAUGUGUGAGUGGCGCAUCACAGCUACACAUGGUGAGCGUGUGGUCUUAAAGUUGGAGAAUAUGAAUAUAUUCAAGUCAAACAAUUGUCAAACCGAUUACUUAGAAGUACGAGAUGGUUAUUACAUCAAAUCUCCUUUGAUUAAACGAUUCUGUGGCAAAGUGAAUGGAGAGAUUCUAAAAACAGAGUCGAGUCGUAUGCUCCUGACUUACGUUAAUACGCAUCGAAUGGAGGGCUAUCGCGGUUUCAAGGCUGAAUUCGAUGUAAUCUGUGGGGGUGAAAUGUCUGUUGACGAUACCGAGGGACGCCUAGAAUCGCCCAACUAUCCACUGGAUUAUCUGCCAAGCAAAGAGUGUGUGUGGAAAAUCACCGUCCCGAGAGGUUAUCAAGUUGCACUCAAAUUCCAAUCGUUCGAAGUGGAGAAUCAUGACAGUUGUGUAUACGAUUAUGUUGAGGUGCGAGACGGUGCAACCGAGGACGCGCAGUUGAUUGGCGUCUUUUGCGGAUACAAACCUCCACCAAACAUGAAGUCAAGUGGCAAUGCUAUGUACGUGAAGUUCCUGUCAGACUCAUCUGUACAGAAAGCCGGCUUCUCGGCUAUUUUUAUGAAGGAGGUGGAUGAGUGCGAGACCCAGAAUCAUGGCUGCGAACACGACUGCAUCAAUACCCUAGGCGGUUACGAGUGCAGCUGUCAUAUUGGCUAUGAGCUGCAUAGCGAUAAGAAACACUGCGAAGAUGCAUGCGGCGGCGUGAUCGAAUACCCCAACGGUACAAUCAGCUCUCCAUCGUUCCCAGACACAUACCCGGUGCUAAAGGAAUGCAUUUGGGAAAUAAUAGCGCCACCAAAACACAAGAUAUCAUUGAAUUUCACCCAUUUCGAUCUCGAGGGCAACACUCAACAGCAAACGGAUUGCGGAUAUGACUCGGUCACCAUAUAUUCAAAGCUCAGCGAGAAUCGAUUGAAGCGCAUAGGUACGUAUUGUGGCACCGCCAUACCACCCACAGCCACAUCUGAGGGAAAUGCGCUACGUAUUGAAUUCCAUUCGGAUAAGACUAUACAGGGCACCGGCUUCGCUGCGGUCUUCUUCACCGACAUCGACGAGUGUUCCACCAACAAUGGCGGCUGCCAGCAUGAGUGCCGCAACACUAUCGGCUCGUACAUGUGCUUCUGCCACAAUGGCUAUUCGCUUCAUGAGAACGGACACGAUUGCAAGGAGGGCGAAUGCAAACAUGAAAUAUCCGCUCCUUUUGGCACUAUUUACAGCCCGAAUUUUCCGGAUCUCUAUCCGCCGAAUGCUGAUUGCGUUUGGCACUUUUCCACCACACCAGGUCAUCGCAUCAAAUUGAUAUUCAAUGAAUUUAAUGUGGAAUCACACCAGGAAUGCGCCUACGACAAUGUGGCUGUGUACGAUGGAGAGUCCGAGAGCAGUUCUCUAUUGGGCCACUUUUGUGGUGACAAAAUACCUUAUCCGAUCUCCUCUACAACAAAUCAGCUUUAUAUGGUAUUCAAAACGGACAAAAAUAAACAAAUGGCCGGAUUUACGGCGAUACAUUCAACAUCUUGUGGUGGUUACUUGCGUGCCACGAAUCAAAUACAGCAAUUUUACUCGCAUGCACUCUUCGGCAACCGCAACUACAAUGAGAAUAUGGACUGCGAGUGGACGAUUCAAGCGCCGGCCAGCAGCAAUGUGCAGUUACUCUUCCUCACAUUCGACAUCGAAGCUAGUGAAAACUGCACUUACGAUUAUGUGCAAGUGUACUCAGGUAUGGAGGAUACCAGCGGCCCUAUGUACGGCCAAUAUUGCGGCAAUACGCUUCCACAAGACAUCAUUUCACUGACAGAUUCGUUGCUGGUGCGUUUUAAAACAGAUGACACAGUCACCAUGAAGGGUUUCUCCGCCUCCUAUGUAGCCGUUGAUCCAUUCGAGAAUAGUGACGAGGAUUUCAAUUCGUAUAGCGCAGAACGUGCCACUCCCUUCCCGGGCUCAUUGAAGAGCAUCUACGAAGACUCGUAUGAGUACAGUGACUUUAGCGAGAAUCAGUUAAUCGUACGCCCCAGAGGUCGGCAUUACAAUAAUUUCUAAAACGCGGCCAAUCCGGCCAAUCGGUGGCAUCCUCCCAUAUUCUAUGUAACUCCUUGAGAUUGGCGAAAACAGAUGAGAAGAGUUCUGAAGCGGAGGAAGAAUAAAAUGAAAGUGGGUAGAAUAAAAGGUAGACGCAAUAAAAAUAUGAUGUGGAUACACACAUAAUUGAAAAUAUUGACAAUAGCGAAAAAUACUCGUAUCAAAUAGAAUUUAGACUUUUCAUCUUCUAAAGCAUAUCAAAUGUAAAUCUCAUCAUCAAGUUAAAAUAUAGUACGAAUAAUGUAACCGAAAAUUUAAUAUUUUAGUCUAUUAGGUGAAAACAAAUAUUUAAGUGUGCAAUUUACUUAUUUAAAUAGAAAUCAAAAAUUUAGAAUUAGUAAAACUGAAAGUGUCGUAAAAUACUUAAAUUACAUAAAUUAUGGAUUUUGUAAAUUUCAAUUGGAUUGAACUUUCAUAAAGAGGGAAUAUUGAAAUUGUGAAUUGUGGAUUGCAAUCGUCCAAACAUUGCAAACAAAAAUUGCUUGUAUCGCAAAUUUACUUUAAGUAUAAAACAUGUUUUUUAAGAAGAAUUUAGAACAUCUGAAUAUAGUAUGUAUUUAUGAAAAAUUAUAUAUUUUAGAAAUAUAGAGUAUAUCUACAAUCUGAUGGCAACUUUUACAAAAAUAAUUGAUAUUGUCAUAUAAACGAGUUAUUUAGGAUUUUCUAUGAUAAUUGCAUUUAUAAAUAACGUAUAAUCGAUCUUGAACUACUCACGUACAUACAUAUAUCUUUUCCUUGUUCUUUGUAGACGUUCAUGGUAUAUCGGAAACCUUAUCAUAUCUACUUUAUAUCCUUCAUGUAAUGAAAUAUAAUAUUUAUACAAGAAAAUCAAAUAAUAAAAUAAUGUCGAAAUCUUAUGCGUACAUAUACCAUGUAGGUAUAAAACCUGUCCCCGAAA